UUCAGUUCAAGUAUCCACAAAGAUCCGAUCUUCGGUUCUAUCUCGAGUUAACUAUUUACUUAACUCGUGAUAAAAACGAAACUCGGUUCCUAUCAGUGCACGCGUAAGCUUUCACCCUUCCAUUUGGCAUUCAACGCACCAGUUACACGGUCAGCUCGAAUCCAUUCGUCUGGCAGAAAACUGUUAGUAACGGCGACCAUCAUGGCCUUCCAACGUCAAGUUUUGCUUUCGAUCGUCCUGAUUCACGCUACCAACGCUCUACAGUGCACGAUCUGUCAGGAUCGUCAAUCCUGUAAUAAUCAACCGGUAGCACAAGAGUGUAACGCUGACUUAGUGAAUAACCAUCAUCGAGGUCUGGGUCAUAUAAACCUAAGUUUAUGGACCGCGGCGCCAAGCUCAACAUUCAAGUGCUAUAACUUAGAUUUGUACUAUCAAAGUGCUCUGACGGGAAGUUACGUUCUAGUGGUUCAAAAAGGAUGUACCUACAGUACUACUAAUUUCUGCGAUAGCUGGAGCGACAAUGUUGAAAUGGAAAACUGCGCAACAUGCGAAUUUGGUGAUGCAUGUAACAGCGUUCCAGCUCAAACGACAACAACCUCUGCACCAACAUCUACCACCACAAAGAGUUCAGUUUUCACAACGAAGACAACCGCUGAUCCGAUCACCGCGAGUCCAAAUCCCACAACAACGACGACAGCUGCAUCGCCCAGCACAUCAAGCUCCACGACGUCAACCUCGACACCAGCGUCUACGACCACGACGGCUUCUGCAACAGGCAACAAAAUUAUCUCUAUCAUCUAUAAGCAUCAAACAUAUCUUUCGAUAGUAUCAAGGGAUACUAACUGAUGGAUGGAUUAUUUCCCUCAGCUCAUGGGAGGAUAGAAAUCAGCAGUUCCUACCGCAUAAUGAGAUAAACUAAAGUAUAUUAAAAUAAAAAACCCAAAUUAAUCCACCUA